UGGCAUCUUUCCCUAGUAAAAAUCACAAAAAACAGGCAAGAAUUAUUGAGUUAUUUAUUCUCAAUUUGUAAAGCUCUUUUGUGAUUUUAGAUUAAAAAUAUUAUUGCGAUUGUUUUAUAAUCAAAAGACGUUUAUAUUUACACCAUUUGAAGAUGACUUUACAGAUUUGCAGUUAUCAGGGCUGCUAUGUUCAGCGUUAUCCAUGUAGUUCAAUAACAUUCUUCCAGUUGCCUAAUGACGAGCCUCGCCGCUCACAGUGGAUACUGAAUAGUGGGAAUAAGCAAUUAUUGAAACUUAAAACUCAUCAAAAACGUUACUUUUGUGAAACCCACUUUCGGAAGAAAGACAUAAAGCCGCAUUUUUAUAGAAAACUACUCUAUAAAAAUGCAGUUCCUAUUCCAUAUAUGAGUGACAAUGUUCCCACAACAACCACAAAUAUAAGUGACAACAAUUGUACGGUGUUUGAGAAAAUAGAAGAGAUUAAUGAGGCUGAGGCAGUACAACUUCCCGAUUGCCAUGAAUCAAAUGAAAAAAGUGGGGAGGAUUGUGAGGAUGACAACGAACAAUACUUAACUUUAUCGCCAAGCGAUUAUUGUUUUAUGUACACUAAUGAUGACGAUGAAUAUGUGGAGGAAAAUAAUAUGGCAAUCGAUUCCCUGGAGGUCCAAAAAAUUACUUCUGAUUCCAGCUCAAAAGAUAUAACUGAAAUUGCCACCACUGCUCAAACUGAGACAAUCUCCAUUGAUGUGGUUUGUCUUUCCACGCCGCCCGUAACUGAAACAAUAUCAUCAUCCAUCACUUCACCAACGUCGCUCACUGCUUCAGAAACUGUUGGCAAAUCUUCGUCAUCUGUUACCACUACUACAUCGGAUACGCUAGGCGAUGCUGAUACAAGCGCAGCACCAGAAUUGCAUAACCAUAAUACGAUUAAUAGCGAAAUAAGUGAUUCAGUUCAAUCCGAAAAAUCUUAUGAAUCUGAUAAACAUUUUGCCCUGUCACUCGUUUACCAUUUUCAACGUUUAAAUGCGAAAAAGAAAGCGCAAGCCAAAAUUGACAUACUCAGCUACUUAGUGGCGCUCGAACAAGACAACGAUGCAUGAUUAGUUCUGGGAUUAUAGUCCAGGAUUAAAUUUAAUAUAAGAUAGUUCAGGUAUGAUACAUUCAUUUUAGUAGUUUUAUUUUCUUAUAGUUUUCCAGAGAAAAGAUUAAUAGAUUUUGGCAAAUCGCAGUUUAUGAAUAAAGCUGGUGCACAAAUUAAGUUCAGUAAGGCUGGCAUAUUAGUGAUUAAAGUUAUACCGUACCUUGCCAGUAAUUAAAAUUUCCGAGAACUCGCUUGCAAAGAGAAAACUAUCCAAAAAAGUACGUGAAUGUAAAACCAAAAACAAUUUGCAAGUUUUACGAACAGCUGAUGAAAUUAAUCAGAAAAUAAAACUUUUUUAAUUGAGCACCCUCGUAUUAAAUUACAGAAAAAAAAAAAACAAAAUGCAAAAUAGCGAGCUUAGCAUCACAUUAUUUUAUUUUGUUCACAAUAGUUCGUUCCAUUUCAUCAUCGCUGUCAGAUGAACAUUCCAAUUGUAUUGUUGUGGCAAUCGCAGCUUUCUUCCUUGCUACCGUCUAUGUGUGUACGUAUAUAUAUAUUUUGCCUAAUUAUUUAAUAACGAAGAAGUACAAGCAUAAAACGCAAAAUAUACCUUCAAUGCUCUCGAUUUGUAUUUCGAAAACUGCAGCGGUUAGUGACUGUAGGCUGUGGUUCAGAAGUAUAUACCUCUACAUCAUGGGCCGAUUCCUAUUUAAUAUAUGACUUCAAAUAAACUUCAUAAUUUCAUCUAAAAUAUAUUUAGUGCCAUUCUCCAUUUAAAUCACCAUUUUUAUAAAAAUUUGGAACUUUGACUCUAUGCGCAAAUUUUAAUGCGUGUUUAUUUGCGAUCAGCUGUUUUUCUCACAUGCAAAUUCUUGCAAGUACAAAUUUGCAACUUGCAACUUCCCCUCAAAAUGAAAUGAAACAACAACUCUCAUUUUCCCCUCCGUUGUAAUUUUUUUGGAUACAUUACUUUCAAGUGUCAAACGUUAGCCAAAUAUACAUAAAUUCAGAUCGUAUUGUUGUUAUGUCAAUUUCAUCGUUUGCAAUGGUGAUAUACAAUAUUUUUUAGUGAAUAAAAAAAAACAGUUUUUGUUUUGAGACUAAAUUUUAUUUGCAGCCAUUUCUUUCCAAAAAGUGCUACUCUAAACUACGUUAGAUAUUAUGCAAUAUAUAUAACAGAUGAUCCCUACACUAAGCAUAAAUCGACUAUACAAAAAUACAACAAAAAUAUUUUUAAUGAUAUACAAAAGAAUUUAUCAGCUUGAAAUUUUAGUUAAAUUAAUAUAAAAUCUAAGUUCAGAAUUAUACUGCAAAUCAAUAUAUAAUAAUAUUAGAAGUACGCACAUACAUACAUACAAUAUGUAUGUAUAUGUAGAUUUUGUUAUCAAUAUAAGUUAAUAUUAAUUUAAAGAAAAUGUCAUGCGAGAAAAAAAUAUUCCCCAUGUGCUCAAUAAAUUUCAAAGUAUCACCUUUAUUGUA